AUGAUAAUGAAUUAAAAACUGUACGAGGAGUAGUGACAAGACUUUGCCAUGAUUAUGGGGUGAUAGAUGACAUGAUAAUCUUUACAAAGGAUGCUGUUACAAAAAAUAUUGUGCUGGCUAUUGGACAGGAGGUUACUGCCACUGUUGAAGAGGAUAAAACAUCAGGCGGCUUGAAGGCUAUCAAGGUAGAUGCCGUCCAGAAUACAUGGGGAGACUCCGUCUCUACUUGUUACGCUUCUGAAGUAAACAUGAAAAUACUAAUUGGCCAUAUUACUUCUCUGUCUAAGGAUGGUGGCUAUAUUAAUCGGAAUACUUUUUUUGCCAUGGAAAACGUCUGUGAAGGUUUCACACCUUAUGAAGGUGACUGGGUGGAAGCAAAAUAUUUUAUUAACCCGACAACAUGGAACAGUGAAGCAGUUGCUGUAAAGCCUUUGAGAUAUAAACAAGUAGACAAGGUUCGCAUUUCCAGCAUCUGUGGAAGACUUGGUACGGUAGAUGAGAGUAUAUUUUUCACUUUGGAUUCACUGAGACUUCCUGAUGGUUAUUCGCCUUGUAGGCAUGAUCUAGUGAACACGAUUGUGGUGGAGAACAAUCGGUCAUGUUAUGUUUGGAGAGCUCUCUGCUUGGUGCCAGUCAGCCAGGAUGGACAAUCUCACUCUAAUGGAGUCAAUCUGGAUGAGCCUUAUGAAGAUUUAAUAAGGGACAAAGCAGGGUUGGAAGUAUCAAGAAUGAGUAACUUUGGAACUCUGAAGCAGGGGGAAUCUAAAAGAAUGAUCGUUUGGAUAGAGAAUAAAGGGAGUACACCACAGUCCUUAAUCAGCUGCAGAUUAGCUGGAUGGGUGAAAGACAAGCAAUUCAGUUUUCAGAUUGCUCAAAAAUGUGAGAACGGUCCAGAAGCCUAUCUGUCAUCUCUUCCAAUAAAUCAAGAAAACAUUUCAAAAGCUGCAAUUAAUUCAUAUAACAGCAAUGGAGGAACAACAUAUGAGUCAUUGAAUAAUGAAUCCAUUAUGAAGAAUGGAGUCAUUGCAGAAGGAAUUAAUUCUCAGGCUGCAGAUUUAUCAAGGACAAAAGAAAACUUUCCAUUGGUGAAAGAUGAAAAUCUACGUAAUGGAGAAAAUGAGCAAAGAGAAAAUGUGGAACAACCAAUGAAGCCCAUCAAUAUUACCGGAGAAAUUGUCAUACCACCAGGUGAAAAAACAUUCAUAGUGGUCAUAUGCACAGCUGUGAAUCCUGGGUACAGUAAAGAACUCCUAUUGCUUGGUUUUUCUGAUUUUACUGUUGGACACUAUAUUGAUGUCACUGUAACAAAUGAAGAAGAAUUACUCAUAGCACCUGUGGAGCAGUUUUCUCCGAGAAAGCCUAAAAUUACUCCAGGACCUCAGCCAAGGAAGACAACAGUGUUUGCCCCUAAAUACAGAAGAAGUAACAGAAAGUUGCCAAGCUUUCUCCCACAUUACACCAUACCAGAUGAGUUAAGAAGAUGUGUGGAACAGAACUUAGACAUACUGACCUUUCAGCCUCUCCUAGCAGAGCGUCUUAAUCUAAAUAAUUAUAAAGUCAACUUUUCUACUCUCUUGUGGCUUGAAGAGAUAUAUGCAGAAAUGGAGAUGCAAGACUUUAACAUGAGUGGGGUUACUUUGAAAAGGAAUGGGAACUUGUUAGUGUUGGAAGUGCCAGGAGUGGAAGAGGGCAGGCCUCGCCUCACUGCAGGUGAUAAGGUGAUACUGAAAAGUCAGGUCUACUCCAAUCAUAUAAUAGAGUACAUUGCCUAUAUUACUGAGAUAUGUAAUGAAGAUGUUACUCUUAAAUGUAAUGCAGACUUUGAACAGACUUACAACUUGGAACCCAUGGAUGUGGAAUUUGUCCACUGCAGGAUUACAAGCAGGCGAUGCCAGCUGGCAGUUGAGCAAGCUAUCCACCUGGGUCAAAAAGUGUUAUUUCCGGAAAGGCUUGCCUUACGAUCACCACAAGCUAUCAAGACCCAGAAUACUACUGAGUAUUGUGUUGCUGAUGAUGGCCUUGAACAGUGUUCCCAGCAGGAAAGUAAGGUCAAUAAACUGCAGGAUAAACAGGCAAAAGUUGAUGAAACUGUAAGGCUUAAACAGAGGGCUGAUGAAUUUUUCAAUCCCACGCUGAAUGAGCAACAGAAACUGGCAGUGAAAAGGAUACUGCGUGGCGAGUGUCGUCCAACACCUUACGUCCUGUUCGGACCGCCAGGAACUGGGAAAACAUUAACAGUAAUUGAAGCUAUUUUACAGAUACAUUAUACUCUACCAGAUAGUCGGAUUUUGGUUUGUGCACCGUCAAACGCUGCAACAGAUCUGAUUUGCUUGCGGCUGCAUCAAAGCAACCUGUUAAAACCAGGAGCUAUGGUCCGAGUUAAUGCUAGCUCGAGGUCAACAGAGCAAAUUGAUGACGCGGUGAAACCUUACUGCGAAGAUGGUGAGGACAUUCAGAAGGCAUCAUGGUUCAGGAUAAUAGUUACCACGUGCAGCAGCGCAGGAAUGUUUUAUCAAACAGAAAUACGGCUUGGACACUUCACUCAUGUGAUCCUGGAUGAGGCAGGGCAAGCAAGUGAACCAGAGAGCCUGAUUCCUCUUGGGUUGAUUUCGGAAGCUGACGGACAGAUAGUUCUUGUUGGAGAUCCAAAGCAGUUAGGGCCAGUAAUAAAAUCUAAAAUUGCGCUGGCUUUUGGAUUAAGUAUGUCCUUGCUGGAAAGACUGACGUCAAGAGAUAUAUAUCUGAGAGAUGAGGAUGCUUUUAGUGCCUGUGGAGCAUACAACCCUUUGCUGAUCACAAAACUCGUAAAGAACUACCGGUCCCACUCUGCAUUGCUUGCCUUGCCAUCUAAAUUGUUUUAUCAUAAGGAGCUAGAAGUUUGCGCAGACACUUCAGUAGUAACUUCCUUGUUGCAUUGGGGGAAGUUGCCCAGGAAGGGAUUUCCCUUAAUUUUUCAUGGAAUAAGGGGCAGUGAAACACGUGAGGGCCGCAGUCCUUCAUGGUUUAAUCCAGCUGAAGCAGUGCGAGUAAUGCAGUACUGCUGCCAGCUUGCGAAAAACGCUGCAGUGUCAGUGACUGAUAUUGGAGUGAUCACACCCUAUCGUAAACAGGUGGAAAAAAUUAGACUACUUCUGAGAAGCAUUGAUUUGGCAGACAUUAAAGUCGGCACAGUAGAAGAAUUUCAAGGGCAGGAGUACACAGUUAUCAUCUUAUCAACAGUCCGGUCUCGUGAAGGCUUAUUUGAUGAUGACAACCAGUAUUUGGGCUUUCUGUCUAACCCAAAGAGAUUUAAUGUAGCAAUUACUAGAGCGAAAGCCUUGCUGAUUGUUGUGGGAAAUCCUCAUGUUCUUGUGAAAGAUGCCUGUUUCUGUGCACUGCUGGAAUACAGUUUAGUGAAUAGAGUUUAUGUAGGUUGUGACCUGCCUUCGGAGCUGGAAUGCCUGCAGAACUGA